AGGCAGAGGCAGAGGCAGAGGCAGAGGCAGUGGCAGAGGCAGAGGCAGAGACAGAGGCAGAGGCAGAGGCAGAGGCAGAGGCAGAGGCAGAGGCAGAGGCAGAGGGAGAGGCAGAGGCAGAGGGAUACUUGCAAUUUUGUUUAGAAAUACAAAGGAUGAAUUAAUUAACUCAAACUUUUUCCUUUAUUCUUAUUUUGUUUUGUGCCAGCCUAGGUCUGCUUCUGCCCUUGAGGUAUCCAGGUACCAUUGUGCACUGAGUAGGACUGAAAAGAACAAAGUUUAUUCUGAAGUUUGAGCAGAUUACAGCGGCUGGGUGAAAUGAAGUUUUGCACACCAAGAGGCUAGGGGAAAGCAUCCCUCCUCAGUUCAUCUGCUGAACAUCAGCCUUCUGUUCUGUUGUGCAGGGACUAAACCUUCUUCCCUGAGACAUCAUGGCCCUGGCCCCAGAAUUGAGCAGACAGACAAAACUGAAAGAGGUCGCAGGGAUCCCACUGCAGGCUCCAACUGUCGACAACUGGAGUCAGAUUCAGACCUUCAAGGCGAAGCCAGAUGACCUCCUCAUCUGUACUUACCCUAAAUCAGGGACAACAUGGAUUCAAGAAAUUGUCGACAUGAUUGAGCAGAAUGGGGAUGUAGAGAAGUGCCAGAGGACCAUCAUUCAACACCGACACCCUUUUAUUGAGUGGGCUCGGCCACCCCAACCAUCAGGUGUGGACAAAGCCAAUGCGAUGCCAGCUCCAAGGAUAUUAAGGACCCAUCUUCCCACUCAGCUGCUGCCACCGUCUUUCUGGACAAACAACUGUAAGUUCCUUUAUGUGGCUCGAAAUGCCAAAGACUGCAUGGUUUCCUACUACCACUUCUACAGGAUGAGCCAGGUGCUCCCCGAUCCAGGCACCUGGAAUGAGUAUUUUGAAACCUUCAUCAAUGGAAAAGUAAGUUGGGGAUCUUGGUUUGACCAUGUGAAAGGAUGGUGGGAAAUUCGAGACAGAUACCAGAUUCUUUUUCUCUUCUAUGAAGAUAUGAAGAGGGACCCAAAGCGUGAAAUCCAGAAGGUAAUGCAGUUCAUGGGCAAGAAUUUGGAUGAAGAGGUCGUGGAUAAAAUAGUCCUGGAGACAUCGUUUGAGAAAAUGAAAGAGAAUCCUAUGACAAAUCGUUCUACAGUCCCCAAGUCUGUCCUGGACCAGUCCAUUUCCCCUUUCAUGAGAAAAGGAACUGUGGGUGAUUGGAAAAACCACUUUACUGUAGCUCAGAAUGACAGGUUUGAUGAAAUCUAUAAGCAAAAGAUGGGCGGAACCUCUCUAAACUUCUGCAUGGAACUCUGAUCAAGAAGGACAUCUAAGACAGGAGUCUGUCUGCAAGCCUCAAUUCAGCCAAAGGAAGCUCUGAAAGCAACCUGUAAAGGCCAAGGAUUGUGGCUCCUACUCUGUGAUAACUAACAUCACAUUACCAUUCAUAAAAGCAUCAUGUUUAGUAUAUACUUCCUCCACUCUUCAGUACAAAUCAGUAACACAGCUUAACGAGCUAGUAAAUAAACACAUAAAUAAAACUCUAGUAGUAUACAUUUUAUGAUGACAUUCUUCUAGAAGGUAUAACCAGGAUACUAACUCUGAAACACACAUCAAUAGUGAUCAUCUAAAUUAAAGUACAUGAAAUCUUAAAGUCCUUCCUGUUCAGUCUGUUUUGCCUGAUUACAAUGGGAAGAGUCAACAUGUUGCAACUUGUUGCAAUGUGUUUAAGGGAGCAGGUUCUGUGGGAGGAAAGUGAGGGAAGAACUUCAAGGAGAUGUCAGAAAUCCAAGUCUUAGUAAAGGGAAUCCUACUUCUAGGUCAUAAAGGAAACAGACAGAAGACAUGAAGGUGGCCUUUGGAAGCACAAAUUGUGUCUGGACAAGAGCAGAAUGGAGGCUUGAUGCUCAGUGUGGAGCCAGUUGAGUUUUGAUCUCCUGUCAUCGCUUCUGAGGAACAGCUUGUACUUUUGCCCACUUUAGCAGAGUCCAUCUGCAUUUGCUUGCCAGCAUACUUCCUUCCACCUCCCACUCGCUCCAUGUCUUGGGCAUCCUUUUACUCCCAGUAACCAGGCAAUAUGGAGAACACAGCAUGUUGCACGACUGAAUGAUGGCUCAGAAGACAGAAAGGCAAACAUGUUUUGGGUCUCAGCACUUACCCUGUCACUUUAGUUGCAGAUGUCAGCACUGCUAAGCUGAGAUCAGCAGGAGCAGCCUGUGGCAUGAGCAGGAUAUAUAUGUGAGCUCAGGGUACCUAGCAUGAGCUAGAAUGACAUUUCCUUUCAAUCACUCAAAUGUACACUUUCUCCUAAAUGUCGAGGACGUGGGCACAGCAUGUGUUAGUGCCAGCAAGAGCCAUUAGAAUGUGUGGUAGAACUUAGUGGGUGGAAGCUACGAAACUGGACUGUGACCUAGAAGAGAAUGAGUGCUCCUGGCCCUUGCUUUUUCUUUCCCUUGUUUCUUGGCCAUGAAAAAUUCAAUAAUAUGAGGUGGGCAGUUUUGCUCUGUCAUUUAAUUCCAUGAUGAUAUUCUGUCCAUCUGACCAUGGAAUGUAAAUUCCAAAAGCAAAAGCUAAAAUAAAGCUUUUGUCUUUAUAACUUGCUUAUCCCAGAUACUCAUUAAAGUGAAAGGAAGCUCAACAACCCAUUCCCAACGAUGUGGCUAUAAAAUGCUGAAAAACAUCUGUAAUUUUGUUGAACUUAGAAGCAACUGUUUGGUUACUACUAAAAUCUAACUAUAUGUGCAUAGAUAAUUGACAACUUCUAUGAUAUAAAAGAUGUUUAUAUCCUGAUUGGAUUGUAAAUUUUUAUUGUUUUCUUCUAUGUCUUCACAUGUGUAUUGAAGUAAUUCAGUUUCUGUAAGUAAUUUGUCUGUUCUUACAAUCCAAACCAAAUAGAAGUUCGUAUACCUUCUUCCUUUCAAGGUUAAGUUCAUAACAUCCCAGAGUCGCUCCAGCGUAUUUAAGGCGCAGCUUGUGUCUUCAGCCAGGUACUGUUAACAGUAAAUUUGGGGUAAAUUGUUGAAACUUGUUGGUGAUGAACUUAAGCCUCUACUGGCUUUGUCUUGCUUGGAGUUUACAUUUCUAUUCAGAAUUGAAAAUAACAGUAACUUGUAAAGUUGUUCAAAAUUGUAAAACAUAUAAUGUUAGUUUAGUAAGUGCAAGAUAAUUUACCCACUGGUAAUUUUAACUAUUACUUUUGGAGCAAAGAAUGAAUAAAGUAAAUGAAAUAUUACAUCUGAACUAUAGCUAAGUAA